AUGGAUCCAAUCGUCUAUGCUCUCAUGAGUGCGUCUACAUCUUCUCGUGCGUCAAAAGCACGGCUAUCACAGAGUGUACGACUUGAUGUAAUCAUUCCACGACUAAAACAGUUCUUUCAAAACAAGCGUAUCGAAAAACUUCACAGUCAAUCGUUGACUCUCACAUACAAUAUUGCAAAUAUGGAGUUUUUUGCCAACUCGCAAAGAGAAAAGUACGAAGAGAUCCGUAGAGUCAGGAACACGGCAGCUGAAGUUAUAAAAGCAAUUGUCAACAAUUUGGUUUGUCGAAUUGAUUACUGUUUUGAAAUAAGGUCCCUACCACCGAUUAAUCCUGGAAACCCAACUCGUCUUAUCACACCCUCAUUGGAGCAAACUUACAAUAGACUUGUUGAUGCGAUACUCGGCAGCGUAUUUGAUGAAAAUAGCAUACUCUAUACCACAAUGAAGCAUUAUAAAAGAUUGGUGAAACGAGAAACGACCAAGUUGGCAAGAGUUGAGGCUUAUGAAAGGCAAUUGAAAGAGCUUAGAGGUAAGCUCGAUUUGGUGAAUGAAAAAUUGAAGCAUUUGGCUGUUGUGAGAGCUGAUCGGGAACGGAAAUCGGCAAUCAAGAAACAAGUGAGGUUUGCCCCAAGAUAA